AUGCCACGGCUGCUGGUCCUCUGCGUUUUGGUCCUUUUCUGCUUCUGUAUCUCUGCUUCCACAGAAGUCUGCACCAACGCUCUGAUUCCUGGAGCUAAAGGAGAAAAAGGUGAGAUGGGGGAAGAGGGAGAUGCGGGGAAACUGGGGAAGGCGGGACCACCAGGGCUUCCAGGAGCACAGGGUGAACCCGGGCUUAAGGGAGAAGUGGGCCAAAUGGGGAAAAUGGGGCCUGCUGGAGACAAAGGAGACAAAGGUGAUACAGGUUUGGAUGGACUCCUAGGUUUCAAAGGAAAAGCAGGCACCACGUGCGACUGCGGCAGGUACAGGAAGGUCAUUGGACAGCUGGAUCUCAACGUGAGCAAGCUGAAGAACGGAGUCAAGUUUGUGAAGAACGUUGUCUUGGGCUUGAGGGAGACGGAGGAGAGGUACUACCUCCUGGUGAAGGAGCCCAAGAGAUUCAGAGAGGCUUCAGUGAACUGCAGGCUCAGAGGAGGCUCCAUAGCCAUGCCCAAAGAUAACAACACCAACCGGCUAAUGGUUGACUACGUCAGCGAGGCAGGACUGACCAGCGUCUACAUCGGCGUGCAGGCCCAAAGCCAGGACACGAAUGGAUCAAGCACCUACAUCUAUGCAGACUCCAGCCCUCUGCAGGGCUUUGAAACUUGGAACCAGGUGGAGGAUGUAAAAUCUCCAUCGUCUCCCUCGACAAACUCCAGCUGUGUGGAGCUGCUCAGCACCGGGACCUGGGCUCGGGUGGACUGUGAAGCCAACAUGUUUUUUGUCUGUGAAUUCCCAAAAAGCAGAAGAAGAGGAGGAGGAGCGACGCCUGCUCCAGCAUCAUCCUGAACAUCUAAGUGUAGAAUACUUAUGUAUAAUAAGUGUGUGUUUCAGAAUGCAUGGGUGAUAAGUUCAAAAACCAAAAUGUAAAUGACUUUCAUAACAAA